GAUUUUGCUUUCUUCCUUAAACAGGGAUGCCCUUCUUGUAAUUCAGUGGAAUAUCCGUGCCUUUAUGGCUGUGAAGAAUUGGCCCUGGAUGAAGCUUUUCUUUAAGAUCAAACCUCUUCUGAAGUCUGCAGAAACUGAAAAAGAGAUGGCCAAUAUGAAGGAAGAGUUCUUGAAACUGAAGGAGGCCCUGGAAAAAUCUGAAGCAAGGAGAAAGGAACUUGAAGAGAAACAAGUCUCUUUAGUUCAAGAAAAAAAUGAUUUGCUAUUGCAGCUCCAAGCUGAGCAAGACACUCUGGCAGAUGCUGAGGAGCGAUGCGACUUGUUGAUUAAAUCCAAGAUUCAGCUGGAGGCCAAAGUCAAAGAGCUGACAGAGCGAGUUGAGGAUGAGGAAGAGAUGAAUUCUGAGCUGACAUCCAAAAAGAGAAAAUUGGAAGACGAGUGCUCUGAGCUCAAGAAAGAUAUUGAUGAUCUUGAAAUAACACUUGCAAAAGUAGAGAAAGAGAAGCAUGCUACUGAAAAUAAGGUGCCUGUUGAACUUUGCCAUAUAUUCAAAAGAGGUCAAGCAAGGAUUAUCUUUAUGACAAGAUCUACUGGUCUUUUUGACAGCUUUAUACUCUGUUACAUAGGCCAAACUGUAGGAUCACUACACACAGAGUCAUUUGAACCUAUGAGGGAAAAUCAGUUAGUCUGAGUUUCUCUUUUUCUG